AAAACUGAUUCACGAUUGCAUUAAUCAAUGGAAACCUUGUGAUUAGGUGCAUCGCAGUUGUGAAGAUCUGCAGUGCAUCAGAGUUGCGUACACAACAAAUUUACGGUGCAGAGUGUUUGUAAUACAAUAGCUGGCAGGAUGGUGGCGCUGUCUCUGAAGAUCUGUGUGAGACAGUGUAAUGUGGUGAAGACAAUGCAGUUUGAGCCAUCAACGGCUGUGUACGACGCAUGCCGGGUCAUCAGAGAAAGGGUUCAAGAAGCCCAGAUAGGACAAGCUUCAGAGUAUGGGCUGUUUCUGUCUGACGAGGACCCCAGGAAAGGGAUCUGGCUGGAAGGGGGCCGGACACUGGAUUAUUACAUGCUGAGAAAUGGGGACAUACUGGAGUAUAAGAGAAAACAGAGGCCUCAGAAGAUAAAAAUGCUGGAUGGAGCAGUGAAGACUAUCAUGGUGGAUGAUUCCAAAACUGUGGGAGAACUGCUUGUCACCAUCUGCAGUAGAAUAGGAAUCACAAACUAUGAAGAGUACUCCCUCAUUCAGGAGGUGGUGGAGGAGAAGAAGGAUGAAGGGACAGGCACACUAAAGAAAGACAGAACUCUGUUGAGAGAAGAGAGGAAGAUGGAGAAGCUCAAAGCAAAACUACACACAGAUGAUGACUUGAAUUGGUUGGAUCAUGGGUGUACGUUCAGAGAACAGGGAGUUGAGGAGAGCGAAACUCUGCUGUUGAGACGAAAGUUCUUCUACUCCGAUCAAAACGUGGACUCACGAGAUCCCGUGCAGCUCAAUCUGCUCUACGUGCAGGCACGUGACGAUAUCUUGAAUGGUUCUCAUCCGGUGUCGUUUGACAAGGCCUGUGAAUUUGGUGGCAUUCAAGCGCAGAUCCAGUUUGGGCCUCAUAUAGAACAUAAACACAAGUCUGGAUUUCUGGAUUUGAAGGAAUUUUUGCCGAAAGAGUACAUCAAACAGAGAAGUGCAGAGAAGAAAGUCUUUCAGGAGCAUAAGGCUUGUGGCGAAAUGACAGAGAUCGAAGCCAAAGUGAAGUACGUAAAGCUUGCGAGAUCCCUCAGAACAUAUGGAGUGUCUUUCUUCUUAGUGAAGGAGAAAAUGAAAAGCAAGAAUAAGCUUGUCCCAAGGCUGCUUGGUAUAACCAAAGAAUCAGUGAUGCGAGUGGAUGAGAAAACCAAAGACGUGGUUCAGGAGUGGCCGCUUACUACAGUGAAGAGAUGGGCUGCCUCACCUAAAAGCUUUACACUGGAUUUUGGGGAGUAUCAGGAGAGCUACUAUUCAGUACAGACCACAGAGGGAGAACAGAUAUCUCAGCUUAUAGCUGGUUACAUCGACAUCAUCCUUAAGAAGAAACAAAGCAAGGAUCAUUUUGGCUUGGAGGGAGAUGAAGAGGCUACCAUGUUAGAGGAAUCAGUUUCUCCAAAAAAAUCCACUAUAUUGCAGCAGCAGUUUAAUCAUACUGGACGGGUAGAGCAUGGCUCGGUGGCACUGCCUGGGAUCUUGAGGUCAGGGUCUGUUGGCCCAGAAACACUAAACAGAGGUACCAUGCCGUCUCCACAGCAACAAAUCACCACUGGACAAAUGCAUCUUGGACAUAUGCCACCACUGAGUGCAGCCCAACAAGCUCUAGUGGGCACAAUUAACAGCAGUAUGCAAGCAGUGCAGCAGGCUCAGUCAAACCUGGAGGAGGUGGAAGAGCUGCCACCACUUGGAGAUGAUAUGUCUUCUAAAGUGUGGAUUCAAAAUAAGAUGGAUGAGUCCAAGCAUGAUAUUCACUCUCAGGUAGACGCCAUUACAGCUGGAACUGCCUCUGUGGUUAAUCUUACUGCUGGUGAUCCAACAGACACUGAUUACACUGCAGUUGGGUGUGCCAUCACCACAAUCUCCUCUAAUCUGACGGAGAUGUCAAAGGGUGUGAAAAUGUUGGCUGCUUUGAUGGAGGAUGAAGUAGGCAGUGGACAGGACCUCAUGAGGGCUGCCAGAACUCUCACUGGAACUGUGUCUGACCUGCUCAAGGCUGUAGAGCCUACAUCAGGAGAGCCACGACAGACAGUUUUGACUGCAGCUGGAAGUAUCGGUCAAGCCAGUGGAGAUCUGCUCCGACAGAUUGGAGAGAAUGAAACCGAUGAGCGCUUCCAGGAUGUGCUGAUGAAUCUGGCAAAAGCUGUGGCUAAUGCAGCAGCCAUGAUGGUUCUGAAGGCUAAGAAUGUAGCACAGGUGUCUGAAGAUGCUGUCCUGCAGAACAGUGUUAUUGCUGCUGCAACCCAGUGUGCCCUUUCCACAUCACAACUAGUGGCCUGUGCCAAGGUUGUGAGCCCUACCAUCAGUUCCCCUGUGUGUCAGGAUCAGCUGAUUGAGGCAGGGAAGCUGGUUGAUCGUUCAGUGGAGGUUUGUGUUAAUGCUUGCCUGUCAGCCACCACUGAUGGAGAACUGCUCAAGGCAGUCAGCGCAGCGGCUGGUAUCGUCACACAGGCUCUCAGUGACCUCCUCACACACGUGAGGAACUACGCCACACGCGGGGAGCCUAUUGGACGCUACGACCAGGCUACUGACACCAUUAUGAUGGUUACAGAGAGUAUUUUCAGCUCCAUGGCUGAUGCUGGUGAGAUGGUCCGACAGGCUCGUGUUCUUGCCCAGGCGACCUCUGACCUGGUCAAUGCAAUGAGAAUAGAUGCUGAGGUGGAGGUGGAUGUCAAUAAUUCAAAAAAGCUUCUUGCUGCUGCCAAACUGCUUGCAGAUGCCACUGCUCGAAUGGUAGAGGCUGCAAAGGGAGCUGCAGCAUACCCUGAGAAUGAGGACCAGCAGCAGAAGCUGCGAGAGGCUGCAGAGGGACUGCGUGUAGCCACCAAUGCAGCUGCUCAGAACGCCAUCAAGAAAAAACUCAUCACGAAGCUGGAGAAUGCUGCUAAACAAGCUGCUGCUGCUGCCACUCAAACUAUUGCAGCAUCCCAGAAUGCAGCACCCUCGAACAAGAACACUGCUGCUCACCAACAACUUGUUCAGAGCUGCAAGGCCGUCGCUGACCAUAUACCUCAGCUGGUGCAGGGAGUGAGGGGAAGUCAAGGGCAGCCGGAAGAUUGUAGUGCCCAGCUUGCACUCAUCAUUGCCAGUGAGCACUUCCUUCAGCCCGGUAGUAAGAUGGUGGCAUCAGCAAAGUCCUCUAUGCCCACAGUGACAGACCAGGCGGCAGCCAUGCAGCUGGGACAGUGUGCUAAGAACCUGGCUACCAGCCUGGCCGAGCUCCGCACUGCUGCAGAGAAGGCUCAUGAAGCGUGCGGCCCCAUGGAGAUAGACUCGGCCCUCAUAGCAGUACAGACACUUAAGAAUGAACUUCAGGAUUCAAAAAUGGCUGCUAGUGAGGGACAGCUAAAACCCCUACCAGGAGAAUCAUUGGAAAAGUGCACUCAGGACCUGGGAGGUACAUCUAAGGCUGUUGGUUCCUCCAUGGCCCAGCUGCUCACAUGUGCUGCACAGGGGAAUGAGCAUUACACAGGUGUUGCUGCUAGUGAAACAGCGCAGACUCUGAAGACUUUAGCACAGGCUGCGAGGGGAGUUGCUGCUACCACAUCAGCCCCUGCUGGUGCUUCAGCCAUGCUGGACUCUGCACGUGAGGUUAUGGAAGGAUCAGCCAAAUUGAUUUCUGAAGCCAAGGAGGCGCUGGUUGCCCCUGGUGAUGCAGAGAUACAACAGAGGCUAGCACAGGUAGCGAAGGCUGUGUCCCACUCAUUGAAUGCAUGUGUGAACUGUCUACCUGGUCAAAAGGAUGUUGAUAUGGCUCUGAAAAGCAUUGGAGAGGCCAGUAAAAAACUGCUGGUAGAGACGCUCCCUCCCUGCAGUAAAAGCUUUCAGGAUGCUCAGAGUGACCUGAACCAGACUGCAGCUGAUCUGAACCAGUCUGCAGGUGAUGUGGUCCAUGCCUCUAGAGGAACCACCAGCAAGCUUGCAGAUGCUUCUGGAAAGUUCAGUGAGGACUUUGAUGAGUUUCUGGAUGCUGGCAUUGAGAUGGCUGGUCACACUCCGAGUAAGGAUGAUCAGAUGCAGGUGAUUGGGAAUUUGAAAAGCAUCUCAAUGGCCUCCAGUAAGCUGCUAUUGGCAGCAAAGUCUUUAUCUGUGGAUCCUGCAGCAGCCAAUGCGAAGAAUCUGCUCGCUGCUGCUGCCAGGAUGGUGACCGACAGCAUCAACCAGUUGAUUACCUUGUGUACUCAGAAUGCCCCUGGACAGAGGGAAUGUGACAAUGCUUUAAGAGAGCUGGAGGCUGUUAGUGGAUUGCUGGAUAACCCGAACGAACCCGUCAAUGAUCUCUCCUACUUUGACUGCAUUGAAAGUGUUAUGGAGAACUCUAAGGCCCUUGGUGAGUCUAUGGCUGGCAUCUCUCAUAAAUGUAAGACAGGAGAUGUUCCUGCGUUUGGAGACUGUGUGAGUGGAGCCUCCAAAGCUCUGUGUGGGUUGACUGAAGCUGCUGGACAGGCCUCUUACCUUGUGGGUGUGUCUGACCCCAACAGUCAAGCUGGACACCCAGGCUUAGUGGAUCCCAUCCAGUUUGCUCGAGCUAAUCAGGCAAUCCAGAUGGCUUGCCAAAAUCUUGUUGACCCAGGUAGCAGUCCUUCACAGGUACUCUCUGCUGCCACAAUUGUUGCUAAGCACACCUCAGCAUUGUGUAAUUCCUGCCGACUGGCCUCAUCUAAGACUGCUAACCCUGUAGCAAAACGCCAUUUUGUGCAGUCAGCUAAAGAAGUGGCCAACAGCACAGCCAACCUGGUCAAAACCAUCAAGGCUUUGGACGGAGAUUUCUCAGAGGAGAAUCGUGAGAAAUGUUGUGUGGCGACGGCACCGCUCAUUGAAGCCGUUGACAAUCUGACCACAUUUGCCUCAAAUCCAGAGUUUGCUGGAGUGCCUGCACAGAUAAGUAGAGAAGGUUCUGCUGCAUUGGAGCCAAUCAUCCAAUCAGCACGCUCCAUGCUUGACAGCUCCACCCAUCUUUUAAAGACUGCACGAUCAUUAGUUAUGAACCCUAAAGAUCCACCAAUGUGGUCAUUACUGGCGAGCCAUUCACGCACCGUGUCGGACUCCAUCAAGAGCCUCAUCACUGCUAUCAGGGAUAAAGCUCCUGGCCAGAAGGAAUGUGACUCAGCCAUUGAUAAUAUCAAUAAAUGCAUUAGAGAUAUUGAGCAAGCCUCACUUGCAGCUGUUACCCAAAAUCUUCCACGUAGAGAUGAAAUUUCAUCUGAGGCUUUGCAGGAGCAAUUGACAUCAUCAGUUCAGGAGGUUGGUCACCUGAUUGAGCCAAUCUCUUCUGCAGCAAAAGGAGAAGCAGCACAGCUGGGACAUAAGGUAUCUCAGUUGGUCAGUUAUUUUACACCUCUAGUGUCAGCGUCUGUGGGCAUGGCCUCCAAAACCUUAGAUCACCAGCAGCAGAUGAACAUUCUGGAUCAGACCAAGACUCUUGCUGAGUCUGCUCUACAGAUGCUGUAUGCUGCCAAGGAAGGUGGAGGAAACCCAAAAGCGGCUCAUACCCAUGAUGCCAUUGCAGAAGCUGCCCUGCUAAUGAGGGAAGCUGUUGAUGACCUCAUGGUGACCCUGAAUGAAGCUGCCAGUGAGGUUGGCAUGGUCAGUGGCAUGGUGGAUACGAUUGCUGAUGCCAUGGGCAAGUUAGGUGAAGGUACCCCACCAGAACUAGAAGGCUCAUUUGUGGAAUAUCAGACCACCAUGGUGAAAUAUUCCAAAGCUAUUGCUGUCAGUGCACAGGAGAUGAUCACUAAAUCAGUGAGUGCUCCAGAGGAGCUGGGUAGUUUGGCGUCUCAUGUCACUGCAGACUACAGUCAGCUUGCAGUGCAGGGACGUCUUGCUGCUGCUACUGCUGAACCAGAGGAGAUCGGGUUCCAGAUAAAGACGCGUGUGCAGGAGUUGGGCCAUGGCUGCAUUGUGCUGGUUCAGAAGGCUGGAGCUCUGCAGAUCAGUCCAUCUGACUCAUUCACAAAGAGAGAACUCACUGAGUGCGCUCGAGCUGUCACUGAGAAGGUGUCAAUGGUGCUGUCAGCAUUGCAAUCAGGUAAUAAGGGCACUCAAGCCUGUAUCACCGCAGCCAGUGCUGUAUCAGGCAUCAUCGCUGACCUGGACACCACAAUCAUGUUUGCUUCAGCUGGCACACUCAAUGCAGAGAAUGAUUCAGACUCCUUCGCUGAUCACAGGGAAAAUAUUCUGAAGACAGCCAAAGCUCUGGUGGAGGACACCAAGAACCUUGUCUCAGGUGCAGCAUCAAGUCAAGAGAGACUGGCCCAGGCAGCCCAGUCCUCUGCCAAGACCAUCACACAACUCACAGAUGUUGUGAAACUGGGAGCGGCAAGCAUAGGCGCUGAUGAUCCAGAAACACAGGUUGUGCUGAUCAAUGCUGUGAAGGACGUUGCUAAAGCUUUAGCUGAGCUCAUUAGUGCCACCAAGUGUGCAGCAGGAAAAGCAGCAGAUGAUCCCUCUAUGUUCCAGCUCAAGAGUGCGGCCAAGGUUAUGGUGACUAAUGUAACGUCAUUACUGAAAACAGUGAAGGCUGUGGAGGAUGAGGCCUCAAGAGGAACCAGAGCUCUGGAGGCCACUAUCGAGUGUAUAAAACAGGAACUAACAUUGUUCCAGUCUAAAGUAGCACCUAAAAAAUCAACCACUCCUGAAGAGUUCAUACGAAUGACAAAAGGCAUCACCACGGCGACCGCCAAAGCUGUUGCAGCUGGAAACUCUGCCAGACAGGAGGAUGUAAUUUCCACCGCUAACCUCAGCCGCAAGGUCAUUGCAGAUAUGCUGACCACAUGCAAGCAAGCAGCAUAUCAUCAGGAAGUCAGUGAGGAGGUCAGGAAUAGAGCUCUGUUGUAUGGCACCGAAUGUACUAAUGGAUAUAUAGAACUACUAGAACUUGUUCUGCAGGUCUUACAAAAGCCAACAGGUGAUCAGAAACAGAAAUUGGCAAUGUUUUCUAAAAAGGUUGCUGCAGCGGUCACUGAACUGAUUCAAACAGCUGAGGCCAUGAAAGGUACUGAGUGGGUCGACCCUGAAGAUCCUACAGUGAUCGCAGAAACAGAGUUACUGGGGGCUGCAGCCUCAAUCGAAGCAGCAGCCAAAAAACUUGAGCAGCUCAAACCAAGAGCCAAACCGAAGCAAGCUGAUGAGAGUUUGAACUUUGAAGAGCAGAUUCUUGAGGCAGCCAAAUCGAUUGCUGCAGCGACCAGCGCCCUGGUAAAAUCAGCCUCGGCAGCUCAAAGAGAACUGGUUGCACAGGGCAAGGUGGGCACUAUUCCUGCCAAUGCUGUGGAUGAUGGACAGUGGUCCCAAGGACUGAUAUCAGCCGCACGCAUGGUUGCUGGAGCCACCAGUAACCUCUGUGAGGCAGCGAAUGCAUCGGUCCAAGGCCAUGCCAGUGAAGAAAAGCUCAUUUCUUCUGCAAAACAGGUGGCUGCUUCCACUGCACAGCUGCUGGUGGCAUGCAAGGUUAAAGCUGACCAGGAUUCAGAGGCCAUGAGGAGGCUACAGGCUGCAGGUAAUGCUGUGAAACGUGCUUCUGACAGUCUGGUUAGAGCAGCCCAGAAAGCUGCUUUUAACAAGGCUGAUGAUGACAAUGUGGUGGUCAAGACUAGAUUUGUGGGGGGGAUUGCUCAGAUUAUUGCUGCUCAGGAGGAGAUGUUGAGGAAGGAAAGGGAGCUGGAGGAGGCCCGUAAGAAGCUGGCACAGAUCAGACAACAGCAGUACAAGUUCCUGCCAAGUGAACUUAGAGAGGAUAAGGACUAAACAUUAUAAAUCUUGCCAUCCUGCUAUUUAUGAGAGCCAGUUGCCCACCAUUGAAUUUCCACCUUUGAACAACUAAAGGUCUCUUCAGUCUUCAGUGCGGUCUGUGUGACACCUGCUAUACCAGUGAAGAGUGUAACACAGCAACAGUUCUCUAUGUGGGAUAGAGAUGUCUCGGUUGUAUUUUGAAAUAAUUCAACUCUUGAAAAACAUGCUGUUUGAAACAAUGAUCGUCUCAUCUUAUUUACCAUGAAUGUGUUCUGCCCCUGUGCCCACCAAACUUCCAUAAGGAAGCUUUGAAUUUCUGGCAUGAUUCUGAACUUGUGAAUUGUUGCAUGAAGAUUUUGGAAAUUCAAACUUUGGAAGCACAUUAUUGCGCUUGCACCACAUUAGGGAUUGUCCUCAUUGGAUUGGGAUGCUGAGCAGACUAAAUGAAGAUGAGAUGGGCCUUUUGUUCCUGGUUCUCAUUGAAGUAAAGCUCUGACAUUUAUUAAGGUUUCAAACAAGCUGUAGACUUCAAUGUUUUAGGGUACUCAUGUAAAUCGAGAAGAGACAGCCUUUUAAAUUUCUCCAUUUGAAUGUUUGACAUUUGUACAUUUGUGAGGGUGAGAGACAAUUUUAUGCUUCACUUUUAUUGUUCUGAAGUUCACAAGGAAUAAAAAUAAAAGGAAUAUUUAUGUAGACAUACAACAAAAUGUGCAUACAUGUGCAAUGUAAUUCAAAACCACUCACAAAGAGUGUAAAUUGCAUCUUCACCACCUACUUGCUCCCAUAGGCUUUUGAGAUUUAAUUGCUAGUAAUGAGUGGAUUCAGUAAUUAAUGUGAUAAUAGACAAUCCCAACCUAAGAAGGACUCCUCUCUUACCCUUUUAAAAUGAUGUCCUUAUACCACUAGCAAAACCUUUCUAUUGGAGAGAAUCCCAAAUACUGAAUGUAUGCUUUUAAAUAAAAUAAAAUUAUUGUGUUUGUUGUUUUGAGGACAUGAAGAUGUACAAGGUUGUUGCACUUCACUUUAUUGACGUUUUUGUAGCAAAACAUUUUUUUUUAGAAGAAUAGCUCUGUAGGUCCAUACAAUGCAAGUGAAUGGGUGCACAAACUGUUAAAGCUCCAAAAUCCACAAAGUCAGCAUAAAGUAAUCCAUAUGACUCCAGUGGUUAAAUCCAUGUGUUCAGAAAUGAUAUGAUAGGUUUGGGUUAGAAACAGAUCAAUAUGUAAGUAAUGUUUGGCCAUAAAUUUUCCUCCCUGCCCACUAGCGGGCAAUAUGCACAAAGUAUGUGAUUUACCAAAAACAGAAGGAGAAAUUGAAGAAAAAAAGGACUUAAAUAUUGAUCUGUUUCUCACCCACACCUGUCACAUCACUUCAGAAUGUAUGUUUUAACCACCAGAGUUGUCUGGAGUAUUUUAUUUGAUUUUUGGAGCUACAAAGUUCUGCUCAACAUUCACUUGUAUUGUAUGGACCUACAGAGCUGAGAUAUUCUGUUAAAAAUCUUUGUUUGUGUUCAGCAGAUGAAAGUCAUAUAUAUAUAUAUGUGGGAUGGCAUGAGGGUGAGUAAAUUAGGAGAUAAUUGCCAUUUUUGGUGAACUAACUCUUUAAGAAAAGGAGGGACGAGUUGAAGUUAUUUUUUGUGGUAAUUGCCACAAAUGCUGCCAAUUUAGCUUAACUUGUAUUGAACCCGGAUUAUUCCUUUAAAGCCAGACAUAGUGUAACUUUAAUUUAAACUUUUUUUUGAGUAUCUUCUCCUAUCAUACUAUAUACUAUGACAAUGAGCCAUUACAUGUUAUUAGAGUAGUACUGUUUAUAUCUGUUUGGAAUGUUCUCUCUCUCUCUCUCUCUCUCGCUCUCUCUCGCUCUCUCUCUCCCACCCCAUUAAGAGAUUACUUUUUCCAAUCAGUGCAUUUAUUGAUGAUUUGAUGCUUGUAUGACUGUAACUGCUUUUUAGCCUUAUUCUUUAGUAUCCUACAGUAAAUAAUGAUUUCACUUUUCUCUUUAAGAUUUAAUGUUAUGGUAGCCAUAGAACUCUAAGGGCAUCGAAUGUGUUUUUAUGUCCACUUGCGUUGUUUUUCUAUUUGUACCUUAAUUAUUUUCUUUGUAGACAAAAUUCUUUGGUCAUUGCACCAUGUCUUGCUGUUUUCUAAACGCCUCUCACAGGAGCUCAACGUUUUUAAGAUGCCGUUUUAAAAACAUGUUGUCACCUGUGCUCUUCCCGUUCAUUGCACUGCAUCUAGUUUAUUUAUUUUUUUGGUGGUAGAAUGUUUUCUGUCUGAACGACCCCUUACUCUCAAGGCAACUCAGCAAUGUGUUGCCUUGACAAAACAGCCAUGCUGUUAUUAACCUUUCUGUGCCUUAGUUCAACACUGCCAAAGGAACGUUUCAAUUCUCUUCCUGUAGGAGACAGGAGCAGAUGUUUAUAUUCUAGCUUGCACAUGCAUUCCCAUUAUGUCGCAUGGAAGCUGGCUACCUUUUUUACUCUGUGAUGUUAAAAGCUCAAAUGGUAGCUGGGUUUUAAUUACUCCGAAAUUUAGGUGUUAACUUGUAGCAUUCUCACUUCAUUGUGGCCUACGAAACUUAAAUUUGUCUUUUACAUUCAGCAGUGCCCCCUUUAGCUAUAAAUGUUGCUGUAAAUGAACUUGGCUUAUUUACAAAAUAUAUGACUAUAGUAUAUACAGUGCAUCCGGAAAGUAUUCACAGCGCUUCACUUUUUCCACAUUUUUUUAUUUUACAGCCUUAUUCCAAAAUGUAUUACAUUUAUUAUUUUCCUCAAAAUUCUA